CUCAUCAAAGCCCAAAUAUUUUUCUUCUUCCUUAUUUUAUCCUCAUAGAUAAAGUUCCAAGAAAAUCACCAUGUUUAUGAACCUCUCAUCCGCUCCUCCAUCUUCUUCAUUUUCUUUAACUAGAUUCGUACAUUCGAAACAACCCUUUUCGGAAUCUUGUGUCUGGAGCAAAACCCAGUUUUCAAAAUCUUUGUUUCCUUCAGUUGGUUGCUCAUUUUCUUCUGAAAAAUCCAAUUUUCAUUGCAAGAACCAAUUUUUAUUCCCUAAAGUAGGGAACCCGCAUGCUAAGAGGAGCCAAUGGAGAACCUGUGCUAUUCCUGGACUUGAUUUUGCAGGGUUCGAGAGUGCCCAAUCUGUACUUGAAGCAGCUGGAGUAUUGACAGCUAUCAUUGUAGUUCAUGAAUGUGGUCAUUUCUUAGCAGCUUAUCUUCAGGGGAUUCAUGUAAGUAAAUUUGCAGUUGGUUUUGGUCCAAUUUUAGCUAAAUUUAAGGCCGAUAAUGUAGAAUAUUCUCUCAGAGCAUUCCCUCUUGGUGGUUUUGUGGGAUUUCCUGAUAAUGAUCCUGAUAGUGAUAUUCCUGUCGACGAUGAAAAUUUAUUGAAAAAUAGGCCUAUUUUGGACAGAGUUAUUGUUGUUUCUGCUGGUGUCAUAGCAAAUAUAAUAUUUGCUUAUACUAUCAUAUUUGUACAAGUGUUGUCUGUUGGGUUGCCGGUUCAAGAGGCAUUUCCUGGGGUGCUCGUGCCUGAAGUUAGGCCCUUUUCUGCUGCUUCUAGAGAUGGGAUAUUCCCGGGUGAUGUUAUUCUAGGGGUUAAUGGUAUUGAAUUGAAGACAGGGCCUAAUUUGGUUUCUGAGGUUGUUGAUGUUAUUAAAAAAAGUCCUAAUAGGAAAGUGUUGCUCAAGGUUGGCAGGGGAGCGCAGAAUGUGGAUAUUGAUAUUACCCCUGAUGUGGCCUCGGAUGGUACUGGUAGAAUUGGAGUUCAGUUAUCGCCGAAUUUUAAGAUUACCAAGGUGAAACCCAAGGAUAUUUUUGAAGCUUUUAGGUAUUCAGGACGCGAAUUUUGGGGUCUUACAACAAACGUUAUCGACAGCUUGAAGCAGACUUUUUCUAACUUCUCGCAAUCAGCAAGCAAGGUUUCUGGACCAGUAGCUAUUAUAGCUGUAGGUGCGGAGGUGGCUAAAUCAAACAUCGAUGGUCUUUACCAAUUUGCAGCUGUUUUGAAUAUUAAUCUAGCAGUGAUCAACCUUCUUCCAUUACCAGCUCUGGAUGGGGGUACUUUGGCAUUGAUCAUGAUAGAGGCAGCCAGAGGGGGAAGGAAGCUGCCUUUAGAGUUAGAGCAGCAGAUUAUGUCAUCUGGUAUCACCUUUGUCAUAAUUAUUGGCAUAUUUCUCUUGGUACGGGACACGCUAAAUCUUGAAUUCAUUCGAGAGCUGUUGUGAUUGCUGGUUCAAAGAUGGACCAGUUUUAUCUGACUACCUGCACUUAUGGAUGAUUUACCAUGCUUCAAGCAGAAUUCACUGGAAUCAUCCCAUCUUCAUGCUUUGUAUGGAAUGACCAGCUGGUUCUUGAUCUUCAUAUCAUUCAUGGGCAUGGAUCACGUUGAUUCUCCCCCCAUAUUUUGAUGAUUGCAUUAGCAACCGGUCAUGGUUAGUUUACUCUUGUGCUGAAACCGGUCAUGGUUAGUUUACUGUAUACAUCUUGUUGAUAUCUGUACAAUUACAACCCUAUAUACUCAAUUAUCUUGAAUCACACUAGCGUACCGGGACUAGCCAUCUAGAUUUUUCCAGUUAGCAAGCUUUAUAGACUUAUUAAAGUUGGGAUACAUGUGUUGAUUCAUACUGUGGCGACCCUGGUUAUAUAGUCUUGUGGACCUUAUGCUUUACUUGUGGAGUAAUGUAAUCCCAUUAGACCCAACAUACCAAACCAAAUCAUGUGAUUAUAUUUGAAGGAGGGCAUUGUCUUUGUAUUACUUUCUGAAAACUAAUGUAAGAAAAGAGAUUUGCAUUUACUAAGAUACAGCAUUUGUGAAUAGUUGAUAUUGUUUCUUGAGGGAUCCAUGAUGCUUUUGUUAGGGCAUGCUCAGAUUAGGACUGGUAAACCAAGAGAAACCUAAACUUAGAGCAGAAACUUGUUCCCGGUACAACUGUUAGGAUCCAAAGACACGCCUUGUUCUGAAUGAUUGAGAGAAGUAGGGCUUCUACUAUUGAAUCUGAAGUUGAAAUUCUUCUCUCUGCCUCAUGUGAGCAUGAAAAAACGAGCUACCUGAAUCUCCAGGUUGAAUCAAAUUAACUUUUGAUGGAAGCUUAUGAAGGGUAUUUCGUUAUAUGCUUUUCAACUGUGAAAUCUCUCACGAUUGUAGUUGCUCAAUCUGUGGGAGACAACUAAAACAGAUGUUUCGAGUUCAAAAGGUCAUCCUCAGUUGUAGUCUACUCAUAUCUGUGCCUUGUGACAUGAAAAUAUGAUAUUGUGGUUUGUACUGAAAAAUUCUCUGAUAGGUCCCUACAUU